AUGGAACAGUAUCCAUUAGGCGAUCGUCGCCUUCCUCAUCAUAUCUAUCCACCAAAAUUGUAUACAGCUGAUCAGUUGCAAACUCUUACCGGUGUCGUUUCAUAUAAGAUUGAUGUUGAUGAUGCUAAUGCGGUGAAAAAACGCAUAUCACGAGUGAAAGCAGAACGAAAAAUGACUUCAUCUGAUAUUUUUACACUCCAUGAAAAUAUGAAUGAAUUCGAACAAAAGGUCAAUUUUCAUACUUUUUAA